GAUUAUUACGAGAACUUGAUGAUAAAAGUUUAUCAUUAAAAUCAGAAUGUUCAACAAUUGCAACAAAAUAUCAACAAACAAAAUCUCAUGAUGAAAAAUAUAAUUUAAUUCAAACAUUAAAUGAUUUACAAUCUCGACGUUUAUUACAUGCCAAUGAAAAAAUAACAUUAGCUAAUCAAGCAUAUGAAAUGGUUGAAAAACAUAUACGUCGUUUAGAUGAUGUACUUGAAGAAUUAGCCGCACAACCACAAAUAAAUUCAAUAAAUAAUCGAAAGAAAAAACGAACAAUGUCAACGAAUGAUGAUAUAAAUUCAAAUAAAAAACGACGUAAAUUAGAUAAACCAUUAAAUCAAGUACAAAAUAAAACAUCUGUUAAAAAGAAAGAACAACAAGAAUUAACAAAAAUUGAACCUGUUGGUUUAGAUUUAUUUCCAAUUGAUCCAUAUGAACCACGAUAUUGUAUAUGUAAUCAAGUAUCAUUUGGACGUAUGAUUGCAUGUGAUAAUCCACACUGUCAAAUUGAAUGGUUUCAUUUUGCAUGUGUUAAACUUGAAGAAGAACCUAAAGGAAAAUGGUUUUGUGAGAAAUGUCGAUCAAUAUCAAAUUAA